AUGUCAAAUGAAACAACCGUGACUGAGUUCCUGCUUCUGGGAUUCUCUGACACUGUAGAACAGCAGAUCAUAUACUCCGUGGUAUUUCUCAUAGUUUACCUGGCAGCCCUGAUUUGGAAUCUGCUCAUUAUCCUAGUUGUAGCCUUCAGCCAUCACCUCCACAGUCCUAUGUAUUUCUUCCUGGGCAACUUAUCUUUCCUAGACAUCUGCUACAUCUCUGUCACUGUGCCCAAAUGCAUUGCCAAUUCCCUAACCAGUACCAGGGUGAUCUCUUUCUGUGGGUGUGUUGCUCAAGUUUUUCUGCUUGUCCUUUGUGGAGCUGCAGAGAUGGCAUUACUCACGGUCAUGGCAUAUGACCGCUAUGUAGCAAUCUGCCUUCCUCUGCAUUACAGGGAAAUCAUGAAUUGGGGAGCGUGUGUCCAAAUGGCAGCUGGUUCCUGGAUCUGUAGCAUGGUCUAUUCAAUGAUACAUACUGUUACCACGUUUAGGUUAGACUUUUGCCAGUCCAAUAUUUUAGAUAAUUUUUUUUGUGACAUUCCUCAGCUGCUGAAGCUGUCUUGCUCUGACACACUCCCUAAUGAAAUUUUGCUUUUUUUAAGUGGUAUAUUUUCUGGUUCUAUCUGCUUUACUUUAGUACUUAUGUCCUAUAUUGAUAUCUUUGUCACGGUCAUGAGAAUCCCUUCCACACAAGGCAAGUACAAAGCUUUCUCUACCUGCCUGCCCCAUCUAAUCAUCUUUGGCUUAUUUGUCUCUACAUCCUUGUUUGCAUACAUGAGGCCAAAGAGUAUCUCGUCCCCGUAUCGAGACGUGCUGGCUGCUGUGUUCUAUGCUGUCAUGCCACCAACAGUGAAUCCACUGAUUUAUAGCCUGAGGAACAGAGAGAUAAAAGUGGCAUUCACAGUAUUGAUGAGAAGGAUGCUUUUCCAUAAGAGAAAUCCUCUUUUUUAA